AUGGACGGGGAACCGUUCAUAGCAGACGUCAGGGUGAACGGCACAGACUUUGUGCCAUCUCUCGUCGAUUAUGGCUGCCUCUGCUACGGCGCGGUUAGCAAGCGCACAUUUCACUCUCUCCAGUUGCCACAUAUACGCGUUCAGCCGCGCAUCUUGGAGAAUGCAGCGGGAGACGGCAAGGAGGUCAAAAUCGACAAGAUCACGUAUGUGUCGAUCGACCUCGAUGGACAUCAGCAGCAUCGUGUUUUCAUGUACGUCAUCGACGAUCUUAACUGGGACAUGAUCCUGGGUAAACGAUGGAUGGAAGACCAGGAUGUUCACAUCCACGCAAAGGAAGGAUAUCUCGAGAUCGGGUCCAGUGGAGUUCAAGUACGAGACCGACGACGUUACCAGCCUCCCCAGCUAGACGUCUCUAAUGUCAUGGCCGCAACCUUUUUAGCGGAAGCACGCCGUGACAAACGCAAAGGCGGCAUUGGAGUUCACUCGGUCACAAUGGCGGAUAUUGACAAGGCCCUAAGACCGAAACCGAAGACUGACGUAAUGGAGAAGCUGCCACCACAGUACCACAAGUGGUCUCGAGCUUUCUCUCAGCAACUGGCCGACCAGCUGCCCCCUCAUCGGCCAGGUGUGGACCUGAAGAUCGAAGUGCUGAAAGACGAGCAUGGCCGAGAGAAGCCCCUACCCUGGGGACCGCUUUACAGCAUGUCCCGCGAGGAGCUAUUGGUACUACGGAAGACUCUCACAGAACUACUCGACAAGGGAUUUAUUAGAGUCAGCAGCUCGCCAGCCGCGGCACCAGUCCUUAUGAGGGACCGCUAUCCCUUGCCCUUACUGAGCGAGACCCUGCGAACUAUAGCCAAGGCAAGGUGGUUCACCAAGGUAGAUGUUAUAGCAGCGUUCCAUAAGAUCAGGGUCGCCCCCGCCGACGAAGAAAAGACAGCUUUCAGAACGCGCUAUGGAUCCUUCGAAUGGCUGGUAGUUCCAUUCGGCCUGACAGGCGCACCAGCAGCCUUUCAGCGGUAUAUUAACAGCGUGCUCCAGGAUUACCUAGAUGAUUUUGUGUCAGCGUAUAUCGACGAUGUCCUGAUCUUCUCCUCUGGAAGCCUGCAAGACCACCGCGACAAAGUCGGCAAGGUCCUCCAACGACUGAUGGACGCUGGGCUGCAACUGGACAUCAACAAGACGGAGCCGCUAACGCGGCUAACGAAGAAGGACGUGCCAUUCCGUUGGGAUGGAUUGUGCGAAGAAGCCUUCGAGAAGCUCAAGGACCUGUUGAUCACGGCCCCGAUCCUUGCACACUUCCAUCCAGAAAGGAGACUAUCUUGGAAGCAGACGCUUCAGGAUUCGCCCGAAGCGAACUACGCUAUCCAUGACAAGGAGCUACUCGCCAUUCUCAGAUGUUUGGAGCAGUGGGAACCAGAGCUACGGGCAGUAGAGCACUUCAAGAUCCUAACGGACCACAAGAACCUGAGAUACUUCUACUCGGAAAGGAGGUUGACAGAGAGACAAGUGCGGUGGUCGGAGUUCCUGUCCAGGUUCCAAUUCGAGCUCGAAUGGAGGCCGGGCCGCAAGGGCGGAUUGCCUGACGCACUCUCUCGACGGGACCAGGAUAUGCCGGCCAACCACUCUGAUGAACGACUAAAGGGACGCAUUAUGAGGCUAUUCCAAGAUGAUCACCUUAGAAGGGUCCCAAUAUCGACAUUGUCUACCAACACCGAGGGUGCCCAGGAAAUCAACUUCGGAAAAGAGAUCAGGAUAUUUGAAGAUGAGGAACUACAGCAGCUGUGGCACGCCGCACGCCAAGAAGACAAGCUCUAUCAAGAACUCGCGAAGCUGGUAGCAGAUGGAGCGAAGAGUUUGCCAACAGAAUUACAGAAGGAGAAGCCGCUACGUACGAGGAUCAUCCAGGAAACUCACGACUCUCAUAUCACCGGACAUUCUGGAAGGGACCUCACGUACUCGACUCUGUCGAGACGCUUCUUCUGGCCGGGUGCCGCUAGCGAUGGAUACAAAAAGGACUCCUAA